AUGGACCGCAUAUUCCACCAUGAGAACUCAGGUGCCAGCCGUGAGAUUACGACCGACUAUUUCGACGAUAUAUAUGACACUACACCAACAACUGCUACUAGACCCCAUACUAGUAACGCUGAUAUUACUGCACUUCCGCUGCUGUCUGAGCCGGCUUUUAACACCACCACGACCGCCAUCGUGAAUGACCCGUACGGUAUAUACAAUGGCAGUCCUAGAUUGAACGCUGCACAUAGUUUUGAAGAAGAUGGGAGCUGUGACGAGGUCACUAUCACAGACUUACUCCCAGCCUCACUUCUAUUUGCCAUGGAUGAGUCUGUUCAAUCGAAUAUUGACCCCAACGGCACUCGUAAUGUCGCCAACAUGACCGAGCACUAUAAUCUAGUCGCACAACAGAUUUUUGACGACAACCGCGUGAAUCAGACAUUGGCGCUGGUGCCGAACAUGGGCAUCGCUACGACCGAGAACCACGAGACCGAGGAUCGUCGUUCGAGGAGAGAUGCAAACUACCAUGGUUCUAGAAACCGUUGGCGCGCAAGAGACCGUGCCACGUCCCGUAGGAGCAACACGGCACGAUUCAUCACUAACAUGCCACCCGAUGUCAGAUUUGAUGAGAUCUUCGACGCUAUCCCGAUGGUAGGGCAGGUGAACUUUGUGACAGUCAUGCUACCCCGCCUGGACCAUCGCCGAGGGUUAAUGCGUCCAAAAUCUGCCGCCACUCUCGCCUUUUUUACCGCAGAGGCAGCCCGGUCCUUCGACAACCACGUAGGACUGCACGGCUUCACGGUUCGAGGCCAGGAUACCCUCGUUCGCAUAGAUGAGAACGGAUCGGCUCCGUUGCCAGAAGAUUUGGGUACCCGAGUCCUCGUCAUGGAAGGGGCGGCCAACUUUGCACACCCCAUAUUCAUUCAACAGUAUAUGCGCCUCUCGUACAUCUACUAUGACGUUGAUCGGGAAAUUAGGACACCACUGGAAGAUGGACGUGUUCGUCUCGAGCUGCGACUGGCAGCCUGGCGCCGUCAGGCCCAGUCGAUUUACAAGGUCAUCCUAGCAGAGCUUUCUGACGUUCUCGAUAUUCGUUAUGGGCCUGACCCUUGUUCACCCAGUGAUACCGCCGCCGAUGACAUGCCGUCUGGUGAUGGCGGCCAUACUCACGGCUCGACAAGCCCGGAUUGA